UGUCCACACUUGGCUUUACUUUUAUGAAGCCAUCUCUCUUUCACACACACACACACACAAAAAGAACUUUCCUGAUUUCUGAGCCUCCUUGCUUGCUUAUCACUUCAUCAGUUCAGUUUUCUGACUAGGUUGCAACCCUGUUUACACCUUCUUCUACUAGCCAAAAUCCAAGACCGAAACGGGACAAAUAAAACUCUGCUAAAAAUGCGAGGUGCUGGAUCUGGAGCUGGAAGCUUACUUAAAGUUUUGGCCAACAAAUUUGAUGUUCUUGCUUGGCCUGUGGUUAGUUUGGUGUAUCCUCUUUAUGCUUCCAUCAGGGCAAUUGAGACCAAGUCUCCUGUAGAUGAUCAGCAGUGGCUGACUUAUUGGAUUCUCUACUCCAUGAUCACCCUGUUUGAGCUUACUUUUGCAAAAAUCAUUGAAUGGAUCCCUAUCUGGUCUUAUGCAAAACUGAUCUUGACCUGCUGGUUGGUCAUGCCAUACUUCAACGGAGCUGCCUAUGUCUACGAGCACUUUGUUAGGCCUACCUUUGUUAACCGACAGCCCGUCAACAUUUGGUACGUUCCACGGAAGAAGGAUGUCUUCAGUAAGCCAGACGACAUUCUCACUGCAGCUGAGAAAUACAUUCAAGAACAUGGAACAGAAGAAUUUGAGAAGAUGAUUCACAGGACUGAUAAGAAUACGACGUACAGCAGCAAUGACUACAAUAACUACAGUUAUUACGACGAUGACUACAGAUACUGAUCCGUAAUGGACUAUGGCGUACGGACCUUAAAGGGUUUUACUGUUGCCAUCUACCCUAGUAUGUUUAUGCUGUUGUAAAGAGUUUUGUUGCUGAUGCUUCCAUGUUUUGUGAAGGUGUACCAUGAGUCUACGGUGUUUUGUAUUAUUAACUGUGGCUAGUGUUGUACCAUCCUUCUUGGAACUAAUAAUAGUAGAGAACCCUUUGGCAAGAUUUUCACUGGCACAAACUCGACAGCUUAAUGAGUUUAAUUCACUGGAAAGAUUUUCUACACACAAAAAA